UAAGGCGCGGGGCAAGAGGAGCCGAGCGCGGAGUUAGCGUUUCCUUUGCUCUUCCCGCGGCGGCGUUCGCCCUUUCUCAAGCUUUCGCGCCCCGGUUAAAACUUCAGGAAACUUUUUUUUCCUUCUUCCUUCCCCCCUCGUUCUUUGUCAACGAACGCUUCCCUUCCCCACUGCACCGCCCGCCCUUCGCCCUUGUUUUCGGUCCGGGACACCGGCCGCCUUUUUCCGAGCCAUGUGUAGAAGACCAGCAGCGCUCCUGGCAGCCCUGUGGAUGUGCCUCGUCGCGGUUUGCGGGAAGCCGGCUAGCCAGAACGCCGUGGUCUCGUCAGGAAACGUUAUAGAAAACGAAAAAGACUUCAGCAGUAUUGAGAGUAAAUUUUCUUUAAGGAUACCUGAAAAGCCUGAAGAAGACCUUUGUCACCUAGUUCCUGGGCAGGAAACAAGUGUAGCAGAUUGCAGCUUCAAUCACACCAGUAAAACCUUUGUGAUUAUACAUGGAUGGACGGUGAUUGGCAUGUUUGAGAGCUGGGUUCCUAAACUGGUGAGAGCACUGUAUAACAGGGAGCCUGAUUCUAACGUCAUUGUGGUUAACUGGUUAGCUCGAGCUAGUUUGCAUUAUACAACGGCUGCAUACUUUACAAAGGAUGUGGGAAAAGAUAUUGCUGCAUUCUUUGAUUGGAUGGAGGAGCAGUUUGGUUAUUCUCUUGACAAAGUCCAUUUGCUGGGGUACAGCCUUGGUGCCCAUGUUGCUGGCAUUGCUGGAAGUCUGACUAAUAAAAAGAUUAAUAGAAUUACAGGUUUAGAUCCUGCUGGGCCUCUCUUCGAAUAUGCCGAGGCAUCUAGGCGCCUUUCUCCAGACGAUGCUGUCUUUGUGGAUGUCUUGCAUACUUACAUCAGAGGCUCCCCAGAUCGCAGCAUUGGCAUACAGCAGCCGGUGGGCCACAUUGAUAUCUAUCCCAAUGGAGGUAGCUUCCAGCCAGGUUGCAAUUUAGCUCAAGCCCUGCGUAUGAUUGCCGAGAAAGGCUUUCAAGAAUCUGAUCAGCUGGUGAAAUGCUCUCAUGAACGCUCCAUCCUCCUCUUCAUUGAUUCCCUCUUGUAUGAAGAAAAGCCAAUCAUAGCGUACCGAUGCAAUUCAAAGGAAACAUUUGAAAGAGGGCUUUGCUUGAGCUGCCGAAAGAAUCGUUGCAACAAUUUAGGGUAUGAAGUCAAAAGAGUGGGAAGCAAGAAGAACAGCAAAAUGUAUCUAAAGACCCGUGCACACGCACCUUAUAAAGUCUUUCAUUACCAGGUCAAGAUACAUUUUUUUGGAAAAUGGAACAUUACCAAGAGAAACGAACCAUUUCUUAUUUCUUUUUAUGGCACCAAGAAGGAAAGUGAGAACAUACCGUUUGUAAUGCCUGAGAUCUCCACUAACAAAACAAGUUCCUUCCUGGUAUAUACCGAAGUUGAUAUUGGAGAACUGCUUAUAGUAAAACUUCAGUGGGAAAAAGAGUCUUUUUUCAGUUUGAGAUGGUGGGAUACCCCUGAAUUUAGCAUACGAGUACUUAGAAUCAAGGCCGGAGAAACCCAGAAAAAGGUGAUGUUCUGCUCACAGAAUGGAUCCUCUUUUCUCCAAAAAGGGGGCGAAGCUGCAGAAUUUAUGAGAUGUAAUAAGAAAAGACAUAAUGACACAGAUUCAUGAGACCAGGCCAGGAUAAUGAAUGAACACAUUCUACUUUGGGAAGAAUUUCUCCAGAAUACUGACCAAACAGGAAUGAUUGUACUGACAUAAUUAUCUAUCUUCUGUAAUACUGUCAGCUGACACUGCCCUAGGAAUUAUUUGCCCAGACUGAAAUCUCGAUUUGGUUUUGCCCGAAUAUGACUAGCAUAUAUUCAAAUUCACAUCCAACUGGAAACACGGAACUGCAGAUGGGCAGUAUCUUCAUCCGGAUCAACAUCCGAAUGCACAGUUGAUUCCUGAUUCAGUGAGCAGCAUGUAUGUAAAACCUACUUCUACUGGUAGAUCUCCUUAUUUGGAUCAGCCCAACAUAUACCAAAAACUACAUAAACCACCUUUAUUUUUAUAAUUAAGAAAUCUCUCACGGAUGGUGAUUUUUGUAUUUGAAACAAACUCCAAUAAUUCUUAUACCAACUCUCUUGUUUUAUAAUGCACUUGUAUUAAAAAAAAAUCUAUUUAUUGAAGAAUUGCUUAUUUUUACAUGUAUUUGGGUUAAGGUAUUUGCUUUUUUUAAGUUUUAGAAGUGGGUAUUUUGCUGUGCAAUGACCAUUUAGCUGAUAUUUGGAGCUUUGGCUGGCUAUAAAUUUCUUUUAUAAUUAAGAGCAAUAUUUAGACUUUAUUCAAUAAAUGCUUACAAGCCACAAUAUAUAUGAAUAAAGAUGUUUUGUAGGUCUGAAAGAUUCCAGAGAAAGCUGUUUCACAGUAGGUAAAUAAUUAAAUUUAGGAAACACUUAGCAAUCUUUAAUCUCUUUAUAUGACAGUAAAUUCACCACAGGAGAAAAUACCUAAUGUAGUGUCUCAUGCUUUUCCUUUAAAAAGGAAUCCAAUGCAUUUAUAGUAAACAUACUUGUCUUUAUCAAAUGACUCCCUAAAAAAUGAGCAGCAGUAUGAUAACAAUUGUGGGAAUAUUGCUUCUUAUAACAAUGUUGUUUCCAGACACAAAAUUUCUGUAUUGAUUAUGGACAGUGAUGACAACUAAAUCUAUAACUUUCACAAAUCCAUAUCCCAAACAAAUAAUGAUCCUCUUUUUGGACACUGUUGUUUCUAACUUGGAAAAUAAUAUUUUUUCUUGAGGUAAUAUAAGCAUAUG